AUGUCUUCUGUAUCGGAGGACGAUAUUGUGGAUGCGGUGGUGGAAAGCGAUGGCGAUCUGUUCGGUGAUGACGAUGAUAUGCCAGCAGAAAAAAUUCGAGAACUCAGCGAUCGUGAGCUCGACUCUGGAGAUGACGAGGAUAGGAGAGAUAGAGCGCCCAGAGCAGAAGGGGUCGACCCGGGUAACAGCAAAGAAGUUCAGGUGCUGGAGCAGCUCUUACCCCGACAUCCAGUGCCAAAACCAGCAGAUGGGGAGUAUAAUGCUCUACGAUUACCAGCCUUCCUAGGCAUUGAGCCUCACAAAUUCGAUAGCAAUACCUUCCAACCACCUACUUCUGACCACCACUCAACCGUCCGAUCUGCCAAGUUCUCAGCUAGUGCCGUAUCUUCCUCAACUAUGCGCUACCGCGUGGGCUCGAAUGGCAAGCUGGAAAGCAACACAGUUGUGUACAAAUGGAGUGAUGGAAGCACGACGCUCUCGAUCGGUGACCAACAUUACGAGCUCCAGACAGCCUCACUCGCUCCUUCUAAGGAAGGCAAGAACUACGAAUCGGUGAAGGACUCACAUCAAUACCUCGCCUCGCCCUCGUUACAUUCUCAACUGAUGGUCGUCGUGGGCCACAUGACAAACCAGUAUACUGUCCGCCCAAACAAGGAUAUACAGGACGAUGCUGUGGAGAAUCUACAAAAGAACCUUGCUGCUGCUGCUCGGGGUGGCAAGAGAGACGACAAGAACGGCCCGGAGCUCAUAACCAACACAGAAGAUCCGGAAUUACAGAAGAGGAAAGCCGAAGUUGCAGAGAAGGAGCGGCUUAGGGCCCAGCGCCGCCGUGAGACAGCGGCCGAGAGAGCUAACCACCCACGUGGACAGACUCGUGGUGGUCUCAGCACGGAGGACCUAGAGGGCCGUUCUGGAAGAAGAGCUCCUGGCCCUGGCCGCAAAGCUCCAAAGCCUCGACGCCGAACAACAGAAUAUGACAGCGACGACGACCUUCCACGAGGUGGCCGCAACAGAGAAGAUGAAUAUGAUAAGGAGGACGACUUCCUUGCAUCUAGCGACGAGGAAAUGGAGGAAGGCGGCGAAGAUGAUGAGGAAGAAGAGAUUCUCGAUGAGGAUAGCGACAGAGAUCGACACAGAUCCAAGAAGCAGAAGCUAUCCAAAUCGAGGCCCGAGGAAACCAGCGAUGCAGAUGCAGAUGCCGAGGCGGAUCUUGACGACGACGAAGCUCCUGCACCCCCAGUUAUUACUGAGCCUACUAAUAGGGGUAGGAAGCGCAAUAUCAUUGAGGACGACGAUGACGAAUGA